UAUGUGCGUGCCCUCACUGAUUGCCUGCUUCCUGUAUUUCACAGCAACAUUCAACAUGCUGACUGCAUUCAUUCUGCUGGUGUCGUGUGUCCUGACAGAUAAAAGUAUGGUGGGAGGCAAUGUAUCGGCGAUUAUUUUCGUUGUAUGGAUGCUCAUCCAUAUUCCCCUCAUUUUUGGCGUCUUUCAGCACAAAACGGUUUUAAUGUGGACGUACAUCGUCGCCUGGCCCGUCUUCUUCCUGUGCCUGACCAUCUUUACGCUGCUCAUCUACUGCUCGGUGAUCAAGUGGUAUCAUUACCUGCGUCUGUGUUGGCCUAUCUGGUCCCUUAGCGUGUGGCUUGUGACUGCCUUUCUAUCUUGGGGCUUGGCCGUUGCCUACUUGUGCGUUGACCAGAAGAUUUCAUCCGAGGAAUCAUCCGCAUUCUCGAUACAAUCGUAGUCUCAGAUCUUUGCUCUUGUCUACACUU